AUGGCUACCCAUUACUUCCGCAUUACUCUUCUGGUCCUUUCAUUUCAAAUCAUACAAGAAACAUACGCAGCACCAAUAGACCCAAUUGGAGGAGAAUCCAUCAGCAGAUCACAGGCUUAUGAGAUCUUGAAGACAAUCGUACUUGGUUACCUGACACACAUUAUGACUAUCCGGCCAACGUCAGACACUGACCAAAUGAAUACCUUGUAUUGGCGUGCUACCUUUUUCGUGUACCCGACAAUAGGAAUUGGAACUGCUUUUAAGGCUAUAUUCAUAGCAUACGACGGUGAUAAGAUUCUUGGCAUCGACGAGGCCGACAAAUACAUUAAAGAAAUUGAUGAAAACAAAAAGCAACAUUGGAUUGAAGCUUGGGCGAGCGAUUGUUGGCUACCUUUAAAAGAAUUCUUUCUUAGCAAAUUUUCGACUCCGGGUAGCAAAUAUGAUAGCAGCGGAAAUCGGACAGAAGAAAAGGAAUCCUCCCGUGACGAUUUUAGAACAAAGGCAGCAGAAUUGAGAGACAAGAUUAAAAAAGAAGCCGAAAAAGACAAAGACUAUACUCAUAGGCCUGGAGAUAACGUAUUUUAUCUUGCGGCAAUCCUACACUUAAUGAAACCGAGGCAAGCGAGACGAGCAAAGCAUUGUAUUCUAAACAGCAGCAUCUACCUAGGACUAGAAGCGAAUGAAGCACAAGUUGAAAAGUAUAAAGACAAUAUAAUACCUUCUCAAAACAUGAGAAUAACCGGAACAGGAAUCGAAUCCACGUAUCAAGCCGGCAUAAAACCUUUCACGGUUCGUUAUCUCAGUGAAAAGAUGCUCGAUCAAAUACACACUGCUUAUUACCUGGACGCUACUUCAUACACAGAGAUAUGCAUCACCAUCGGCCAGCUUGUUUACACAGUCAUAGAGUGUAUUGAUACCCAAGGUGACAGAUGGGCCAAAGUUAUCAUGAUCAUAUACAUGACAAUGUCAGUUCUCCAGACUGUCUCGCUCUGGUGCCUUCACAAACAAAUCUCAGCUUUAACUAUUCUAUACGACGAGGAUAUCAACAUUGUAAUCUAUGAAAUUGGAGAUCUCCCCUCAGAAAGUGACAUUUUAAACCCGGAUUUAUAUGACAAAGAAGACGUUAUAGGCAUCCAAACUAGAAUUGGAAACAUAAGAAAUAGAAUGCCAAAUAGUUAUUAUAUGUCUAGUCAUGAAGAUACUAGUUCUAAUCGUGAAGAGGAUACUCCACCGAAAAACAGUGGACCACCACAGGAAAACAGUAAACCCCCGACUAUUCUUUACGAAGGUAGCUUCUUAGAGAAAAUAAUCCAAAAAGAAAAGAUUAUCAACAACAAUGGAUACAAGACAUAUAUAGAGUACCAUACAUACUCAUACAUUACCGCUGGAUGUGGAGGAAUGACCCUAUCGUUACUUGCUGGUAUCUGGGCGGGUUAUAACGUACACAGUGUGACCCAAUGGCUUGUGUUGGCAUGGAUUUUGAGUCCAGUGUUAUUAGUUCCCAUGUUUUAUCUCAAGAAUAGGCUUAAAAUCAGGAAAAAACCAAAAUUAGUUAUUAUAUUAUGGGGCAUCGUCUAUAUCUUUGGGUUUAUUGGUGCCGGAGAGUUUCACUUUUAUAUAUUCCCAUACAAGGAAUUAGCUAUGUCUCAUUAUAUAUUUCAGUCGCUUUAA